UCGGCUUAUAAAAAAACCAGCCAUGUAAAGUAACAAAAAUAAAAGAACAAGAUCUCUAAUAAACUCCUUCGGAUCAAUGUCGGCCAAAAUAAUAAUCUCGGCAGUUUCCGUCAUUCUUCUGAUCGGAGUCGCCAUCGGCGUUGUCGCCGUGGUUCAAUAUAAGAAGAGCCAUGAAGGUUCUGAUUUGUCCCCAUCGAUGAAGGCCGUUUCGAAUUUCUGUUCAUCUACCGAUCACCAAGAUUCCUGCCAGAAGACCCUCGGCUCCGUCAACAGCACCGACCCCAAAGAGUAUAUUAUGAAGUCUAUCCUGGCCGCCGAGGAUGCGGUGAGGAAGUUCUUCAAUUAUUCCAAUUCGUUGAUCGUCACGGUCAAGAACGAUAGCCGCACGAGGAUGGGAUUGCAGGAUUGUAAGGACAUGAUGGACUAUGCGGUUCAGUCGCUUCAGGCGUCGUACUCGGAGGUCGGCGACGCUAAGUUGCACAACAUGAGUGAUCGGGUGUCCGAUCUCCGGACGUGGUUGAGCGCCGUUAUAUCGUACCAACAAUCAUGUCUGGAUGGCCUCGAAGACGAUCAUUCGGUGAAGAAGAACAUGACGGAGGGCAUUACCGAUGCUACUCAACUCACGUCCAACGCCUUGGCGAUCGUGACGAAAUUGACGGAGAUUCUUGCUAAAUUUGGCCUGCACUUAAAUGUUCCAAGCUCUCGUAAACUUCUUUCUGUCGAAAAACAUGGCUACUUGCCGUCGUGGUUCUCGGAUGUAGACCGGAAGCUUUUUGCAAGGAUCGAUAACAAUAAUAUUAAACCGGAUGCCGUUGUGGCCAAAGAUGGCAGUGGGCAGUUCAGGACGAUUGCCGCAGCUCUCGCGGCGGCUCCCAAGAACUCAGCAGCUCGUCAUGUGAUCUACGUCAAGGCCGGAAUCUACGACGAGUACAUCACCUUGGACAAAUCAUUAACCAACAUCCUUAUGUUCGGAGAUGGCCCGAGACGGACCAUUGUUACCGGCAGAAAGAAUUUUGUCGACGGCGUACAAACCUGGAAAACUGCUACUUUUUCGGCUAUCGGGACCGGAUUCGUUGCGAGAUCGAUGGGGUUUCAGAAUACCGCCGGAGCUGCAAAGCACCAAGCGGUGGCGCUUCGCAUUCAAUCCGAUAAAUCGGCCUUCUUCAACUGCCGAAUGGAUGCGUACCAAGACACGUUGUACGUUCAAGCAAACCGUCAGUUCUUCCGCAAUUGUGUCAUCUCCGGUACUAUCGACUUCAUCUUCGGCGACUCCCCCACCGUUAUCCAGAACUCGUUGAUCAUCGUGAGGAAGCCAUUGGAGAACCAAGCCAACACGGUGACGGCACAAGGAAAGAGCGAUCCAAACGAGAACACCGGUCUCGUCAUCCAAAACUGUCGGAUCGUACCUGAGGAAAAGUUUUUUCCCGACAGGCUGAGGCUGCCGACAUACUUGGGCAGGCCGUGGAGGAAGUUCUCAACCACCGUGAUCAUGGAGUCCACCUUGGGCGACUUGAUUCGGCCCGAGGGAUGGACGCCGUGGGCCGGAAGCGCUUUCGAAGACACCCUCUACUACGCCGAAUACAACAACCGUGGCCCCGGCGCUAACCUUGUCCGGAGGGUUAACUGGAAAGGUUAUCACAAGAUCGAUCGGAACACCGCCAUGACGUUCGCACCUCAACCAUUCCUUUUGAGUCGGGAGAAUUGGUUGCCGGCCACCGGCAUCCCUUACAUAGCUAAUAUGAGAAACUAGAAGUUUUCAGGUUAUCACAAUAAAAAAGCCGCAUUUCAGUAGGCAAA